GUUGUGCGCAGGCGCAGAGAGGCUGCGGGACUGGGCUGAGGGCCGGCGACGCAGAGCUACCGGAUCGGUCCGAGAUGGCAGAGGUGGAGGAGACCCUGAAACGACUCCAAAGCCAGAAGGGUGUGCAGGGAAUCAUCGUGGUAAACACAGAAGGCAUUCCCAUCAAGAGCACCAUGGACAACCCCACCACCACACAGUACGCCAACCUCAUGCACAACUUCAUCUUGAAGGCCCGGAGCACCGUGCGCGAAAUUGACCCCCAGAAUGACCUCACCUUCCUUCGAAUUCGCUCCAAGAAAAAUGAAAUUAUGGUUGCACCAGAUAAAGACUAUUUCCUGAUUGUGAUUCAGAAUCCAACUGAAUAAGCCGUUUUCUUGGCUCCCUGCGUCAUUCCUUAAUUUAAUGCCCCUCAAGAGUAAUAGCGUUAGUCAUGUCCACUGACGGGCACGUGGAAGGCACGCUGGCGCCCUCCCAGGCCAGUCCGUGGCCCAGUGGGCCGCACCCCUCCCCCGCGCCCCUCCUGGCCGGCUACCCGAUUUCCGGGAGGAAGCCACGCCCAGGUUUCGCAGCAAGAGCUCGUGGGAAGCCCACGCCCCGUUUCCUUCUGACUUUGUCGCCCUUGGACGAGGCUGCUUUUCUUUAACUAAAAAUAACCAGAAUGCUCA